AUGAGGCGGCCUGCAUCACGUUAUUUCGGCGGGAAGUUGUUCGAUGCUCCUUCAGCCACAGCGCAGUUUACGCAUUCUCAAAACCCGCCGACCUCCGCUGUUCUGCUGGCGCUUCUCCGAGGAGCCAAGAGGCCGCCGAGAGCUCGCGAAGUGGCGCAAAGUCAGGAGGAACGCGGAGAGCUGCACAAUCGCCUGGCUGUGGCAUGCAGGCAGGCGUCCAGCAAGGAGCUUCCUAAAGCGCAAGCGUCCCAACGAGAAAGUGCAGAGCUGGUCGCGAAGGCCGGGCAUCAGAACCGGUGCGAGCAGCGUUCCAACGGCAACUUGCCAAAACAGGGCCAGAUGCAGGUCUGCUCGGAGCGGAAGGGCAUACAGAAGCAGCGCAUCCGUGAACCGGAGUGA